AUGCGCCUCCUUCUCACCCUGUUUCUGUUCCUUCGCGCUGAGCUAGAGAAGGAGGUGAUGCAUCCGGCCAAGACUCUCCAGAGCGACGACAACGAUUCCGGCUGCGGUUCCUUGUGCCCGAGCGGGACGACGUACCCUGGCGAAACAACCGGCUCUUCUGGCGGCAGCGACUCUGACGAAAACGCAAACCAAGCCGCGGAAAUAAUCGAGCGGAUCCACGACGUGUUCCACGCCAUCGAAACCCUCGUCUCCCUCAUCCUGACUUCCUCCUCCGACUCCAGCACUUACACCAUCACAGUACCUGUGGCAGUAAUGGUAAUGACGGAUCCAGCUUUACGGAUCAAGCUGUCAGUCAGCAAGCGAGCUGUCUUUGCUAUGAGCAGUGGGGCGGUGGUGCGAAUAGGACUACGACAUGGGCACUGGGGGUACGGUGGUGAGGUCGAGUGCGAGUGCGAGCGUGGCGAGGCAGACGAGUUCUAG